AUGAAACCUACGACAUCCAUCUUUGGCGCUUCUCGUUUACCUCUCACCACAAAGAGAGGUAACAAAGAUUUCUACAAAGGUGCUCGACAAUCUUACGUUCCAGGUGGUGGACAUCGUACUGGUCCACCUGGAAAACAUAUGGUAUCGAGAAAAGGGAAAUAUAGAUUGUUAGAUGAUCAAGUACGUUUUUACGUCGGACCUGGUGAAGAUACUUUAUCCAAAACAAAGGAUGACUCCUCUCCUACCGUCUCAGCUCGGACAGAUGACAAUGUACAUACAUCCCUUUUAGAUGGUGAAGAACUAUCAGGUCAAGUAAAAAGCGAAGAUGAAUCAAAUAUAGUGGAAGACGAAGAAACAAAAACACCAUCAUCAUCUUCAGAAAAAGUCAAAGGACAAAAACAAAGCAAAGAAAUCCCAAUCCAACUUUAUUUCAAAUUCUCAAAACAAUGGCAAUCUCUUAAUCCUAUCAAAAAGAAAGAAAUGAUCUUUGCUCAGAGGGCGAUUUGGUGGGCUGGUUUGGAAAGGAAGUUCGGGAAAGAUAUCUCCUUAGACUGA